UAAUGGGCGAUUGGCAGACAGGCAGACACCACUAAAAACGGUGCGUUUCAGUUAUUAUCGAAUUAAGAAAUUGGGUGUUCGUUCAGUGGGGAGAGUGAAGAGUAGAGCAGAUUCAGAUCGAGAUUGAAGUGAAUUGGUUGGUAGUAGCAGCAAAACCAACUCCAAUUCACAUCAUCAGGUAUCGAACUCUUGUACAAUGAAUUUCUUGAUGCGUACUCCGUCACAAGUGUAUUCAGACAGAGAUAAACCUUCGUCGAUUCCAGAACCUCGCGUUGAUCCGCUUCCUCCACCUUCUCCUCCUCUUCAAGGCUCUCAUUCUUUGGAGAGUCUUUUGACGGCGGACCCGUACGUUCAGUAUAGCACAGUUGAACGGUUUGAGGGAGAAGUUGACGGCGAAAACGGCGAUUUGAAAAAUGAUGUAACUUUUUUGGCCAAGCAUUUGGAUGUGUCUGAAGAUGAAGGAUGGAUUGCCAUUCCAUAUAAAGAGCUUCCUGAAGACUGGAAUAAUGUGUCAGAUAUUCAGUCCCUGCGCCCUCUAGACCGUUCCUUUCUCUUUCCUGGUGAACAAGUUCAUAUUGUGGCCUGCUUGUCUGCAUGUAAGCAGGAUACAGAGAUUAUCACUCCAUUUAAAGUUGCUGCCUUGAUGAGUAAGAAUGCAAUAGGCCACAGCCCUAACAAAGAAAAUGGGAAUAUUGAGAACCGGAAUAAUUCAGUACCCGGAGAAGCGCAACUUAGUCCCAGUGGUCAAGAUCAGAACAAUGAAAACCUGCCAAAGGCAAAGACUGAUCACUCAGCAAAUGUUUCUUCUGGUGAAUCCUUACUAAGGAUGGAGGUUCACAGAAGACAAACUGCAUCAUUGUUGGAAAAAUUCAAGAGUUCUCACUUUUUUGUGAGGAUUUGUGAGUCUGAUGAGCCACUUUGGUCUAAACAUGGUUCUUUAGAAAAGUCCAUCUCUGAAGUAAAUGGCCAAAGAAUCUCAACAAUUGAAGUGAAAGAAACUGCAAAACAUGUGCCUUCUAUUAGUGCAGUCAUUGAUCGAGCAAAUUUCGAUGCAACUAUUUCUGGUGGAGUGGCAAGAAAUUCUGUGAAGUGUUGUGCCCUACCUAAUGGAGACAUAGUGGUUCUUUUACAGGUGAAUGUUGGAGUUGAUUUUCUUAGAGACCCUUGUAUAGAAAUUCUCCAAUAUGAAAAAUUUGAAGAGAAAAUAUUGUCUUUUGAGAACCAGGACAAUUCAGUUUCUACAAAUCAGGAUCCAUGUGGAGAAUUAUUGAAAUGGAUACUUCCAUUAGAUAACAUUUUUCCCCCUGCUUCUCGCCCGCCAUCUCCUCUUUUGUCUGCAAACUCUGGAAUCGGUAGCACCUCUCAGAGGUUGUCAAAUCCUUCAGCCCCAUCUGGCUCUCAAAUAUUCUCUUUUGGCAGCCAUUUUAGAAGUUAUUCCAUGUCAUCAUUACCUCAAAGUACAAGUGCACCGACUGUUCCUUUGAAAGCAGCUAGUUCCAAGCCAAAUUUUGACAUUGAUGAUUGGGACCAGAUCUCAUCUCAGAAGUUUUUAAGGAAAAAAAAUGGGGCGGAAGAACUCUUAUCUUUUCGAGGUGUCUCGUUGGAGCGAGAAAGAUUUUCUGUUUGUUGCGGAUUGCAAGGUAUCUAUACCCCAGGAAGAAGGUGGAGAAGGAAGCUUGAAAUAAUACAACCUGUAGAGGUUCAUUCUUUUGCUGCAGACUGCAAUUCAGAGGAUCUUCUGUGCGUUCAAAUAAAGAAUGUUGCUCCUGCACAUGCUCCGGAUAUUGUCAUAUUUAUAGAUGCCAUUACAAUCAUAUUUGACGAAGCUACAAAAACUGGACCACCAUCAUCAUUACCAUUUGCAUGUAUUGAAGCUGGAAAUGACCAUUCUUUACCAAAUUUAGCCCUCAGGAGAGGUGAGGAGCAUUCUUUUAUCCUUAAACCUUCAACUUCAAUGUGGAAUAAUCUAAAGGUUCUGGAUGAAAGUCCUCGCUUUUCAAAGUUGCAAUCUGGAAGCCCGGCAUCAAAAUUAAGUCUUUUCUCCAAUAGUCUUGACAGGAGUAACAUUUCUUCUAUUGACGAUCAGUAUGCAGUUAUGGUGUCAUGUCGAUGCAAUUAUACUGCAUCAAAAUUAUUCUUUAAACAACCAACCAGUUGGCGUCCACGUUUGUCGAGGGAUAUUAUGAUUUCUGUUGCAUCUGAGAUGUCAGGAGAGUCUCCAGGACCUUAUGAAAGAAAUUCCCAACUUGCCGUGCAGGUUUUGACUCUUCAAGCUUCGAAUUUGACAUCCGAGGAUCUAACUUUGACGGUGCUUGCUCCAGCAUCUUUUACUUCACCCCCUUCAGUGGUCUCUCUGAAUUCACCCGUCACUCCAGUGAGUCCUUUUAUUGGUUUCACAGAUUUUUUGGGAAGGAUAAAUGGUGAAAGGCAUAUUGGUGCUGCCCAGGGGCAAAGCUUCAUUUCCCUUGUAAAAGAAAAUGAAAAACAAAGUGAUGAUGUCAGACCUCAGACAGUUUCUACGAAUAAUGACGUCGUUCCUAGUUCUGGCCUGAGUUGUACACAUCUGUGGCUCCAAAGUAGAGUUCCACUGGGAUGUAUCCCGUCUCAAUCUACAGCCACCAUUAAGCUUGAGCUACUCCCGUUGACUGAUGGCACAAUCACUCUCGACUCUUUGCAAAUUGAUGUCAAAGAAAAAGGUUGUUCAAAAUGGAGAAAAAGAUUAUCCAUAAAACCAACACAUGGUGCCUGUUUAACUUGGAUUCAAGUGAUAUCUAAGGUGUUACCUACAUCCCUGAGCGCUCACUAAAGAUAAAUGCAACUUCUAGCAUUUCGAAGGGGAUUAUUUAGUAUAGACAAGCUGGUUGCAUUUCAUUAAACAUGUUAUCUGAGGCUGUAGAAGCAAAAAUGGAAUGAUUUGUUUGCUUGGAUUUUAGAGUUGCUCUUGUGACUUGCUCUCAGUGGCACAAAGUAUCUCCUUUACUGGAGGAGCGUUGUGAUCGAGUUGGUGUGUUUAUUCAUUUAGAAAUAGAGCUUCGCAUUUGUAUUGUAAACUACGAGCUUAAGAAUAGAUGAUUGUUACAUACCCCUUUAAGGGGAAGAAUGUAAUUUUAAUAGAUAAAUCUAUUUUUUGUGAAGAUGUACGUAUCCGACUUCAGAUUUAUGGCAAUGAAUCGCUUCUGGAUCUAUGGCAGUGGCACCUGCUAUUUAGUGUCUUUCAAUUGACAUCAGUGGAAGCAAAGCAUUGUAAUGAUGGAUUUUAUUUUAUUUUUUAUUGACACAUUAAUACACAUGGUUGAUGUUUGUGACUUGA